AUGAAGUGCAAGCCGAACCAGACGCGGACCUACGACCCGGAGGGGUUCAAGAAGCGGGCGGCGUGCCUGUGCUUCCGGAGCGAGCGCGAGGACGAGGUGCUGUUAGUGAGUAGCAGUCGGUACCCGGACCGCUGGAUCGUGCCGGGCGGGGGCAUGGAGCCCGAGGAGGAGCCGGGCGGUGCGGCCGUCCGCGAGGUGUUUGAAGAAGCGGGAGUCAAGGGGAAGUUAGGCCGGCUCCUGGGCAUUUUCGAGCAGAACCAAGAUCGCAAGCACAGAACGUACGUGUAUGUACUGACUGUCACUGAGAUUCUGGAGGAUUGGGAAGAUUCGGUUAGCAUUGGGAGGAAGCGAGAGUGGUUCAAAGUCGAAGAUGCGAUCAAGGUUCUCCAGUGCCACAAGCCCGUGCAUGCCGAAUAUCUGCAAAAACUAAAGCUGGGCGGUUCCCCAACCAAUGGAAACUCCGUGGCCCCGUCCCUGCCGGAGGGCGAUCCCUAG